GAACUUUUUUAUGAAGUGCAAGUUUACAAUUUUGAGUAAAUGGGCAUAUCCGCCCACUUCAUCACAUCAGCAUCCUUACUGUAGAGAAAGCAUAACAUUGUUUACAAGAUGACGGCCCGUGGCGUUUUUGUUGUGAAUCUACUCUUUUUAAUAGGGGGAUGCAAUGCUGUAUACAAAAGAUGGAUACCAAAUACUGAUUUCAACAAUCCAUCCAAUUGGGAUUUAGGCAGAGUGCCAUGUAAGAACAAUCGCAUUGUAUUCCCAGAAAGCGCCCCACUUGUUUACAUGCAGAGUAACACCACACUCAUGAAUAUUGUAUUACCCUCAAAUGGUGAGAUAGUCCUUGGAGAUUAUGUCACACUUGGAUUCUCUGACAAGAUAGACACUAGUGCCACAUGUAGGGGAGGAGAUGCGAACUUCAAUCGUACAUCUGCCGUCCAAUGGGUGGAUACAAACAACUGGUGUGUCACUGCUCACCCUGAUGACCCAUGCCCCUCUACCCCAGCACCCCCCAUGCUUGAUACAGAGAAGGUGCCCUGCAAAUAUGAUGACGUUACUUUUCCAAAGGGGUCAGCAUUUUAUGUCAAUUUGGCAUCAAAAUUAUUGUUGAACAUGAAAUCUUUGACAUUGAAUGGGCAGGGUUUUUCCACAAAUACGUUCUCUGCAUAUUUGACAUCCAACAUGGGGAAGAAACAGUUUGUCCAAAACCAAGGUUCCAGUCCAACACGCAUCAACAUCAACGGGGAUUCGUGUUAUGAUGUCACUGGUUGUGCGUGUGGCAAUGAUCAAGGAAAUGUGCUAGCUGCUGUGUGUGCUGUACAGUCCAGUAGAUGUACAUCACCAAUGUGUAGAUCAGCACUCACACCAACGGGUCACUGUUGUCCAAUAUGUGGUGCUGUGAUAGAGCUUGACUAUGGGGCAGGGUUCAGACUUGAGCGUAUCAAGAACAUGAUAUCUGAAGACAUAGCCUCAAAGAAGGAUUUCAACAGCAGUUCAGUUCAGAUGAUGCUGUCAAAGUUGAGUUCUGGUAAAAUCCAAGUGGUUCUAUUGGACGAUCACGAUGGCAUGAUGGCUGUAGAUGUGGGCCGUACGGUCACUAGGAAGAUUGAAUCUGAUAUCAAAGGUUCUCGUAUCUAUGCAGUCACCACAGUAAAGAUGCAGGUUUCUGAAUCCAUGAAUACACCCAGCCCCCAGACAGGUGGCAAUGAUGUUGGACUCUCUAGUGGAACACUGGCAGGGAUCAUCAUAGCUAUAACUGUCUGUAUUCUGCUGAUUGCGGUUGUGGGAUUUAUUCUCAUGAGAAGAAAACUAGGAGAUGAUUUUUACAAAUUCAGACGAUUUGGUAGCAAGAAAGGCUUCACUAUGGAAAUGGGUGCAACAAGUGGAUUUGAGAACCCAAUUUAUGGCACUACGGGUCCUAUCACUGAUAUGUAUGGUCCUAAAGAGAUUAAACUGAACUUGAACAUUACCAAGGAGCAGAAUGGGAAUGAAAGUUCAUUAAGAGGAUUUGAUAACCCAAUGUAUGAAAGCAAGGGUGCCAAGGAUUUCUUUUCUGAUCCAACCAAAACAGAUCCAAGUGUAAGAUUCAACCCAAUCUAUAGUACAGAGGGGAUAGAAGAUGACAGCAAGAUGUAAAUGAUGUAUCUUUUACAAUCUACAGCUAGACUUCACAGUAUAUACAAUGUAUACACAUUAUCCAGCUCUAUAGGUCCGUAUACAGCUGAACUUUUCACUAUGGA